UCGGACUUGGGGACCAGCAUGGAGAAGAUCCAAGCCCUCACUGAGCACUAGGGAGACUUUGCCUCUUUACUCCUGCGAGUAAAGAGACUUUACUCUUUACUCCACCACCACUGAGCCAACAAGCCGUUGGUGGAGCUAGAACGGGGUGGUAGGGCGAGGGGAUGGGGCCGGUGGUGAGAAGCCCAGAGGGUAAUUGGGGAAGUGAGAGUUUCAGCCGGAGGAGUCUCUCUCAUGCCAGACGGUGUGCUUAGCCGAUCCACAAUUCUACAGCAGCAAUUUGGACCAGCUAUGUAAACUCUGCUCUCAAAACUGAGACUGAGAUGUUUGAGAAAUAUUACGCUAAACUGGAGCCCAGGGAUCAGCGACCUCCACGAUUAUCAGAAAUUAAAAUAUCAGCAGCAGAUUAUGCACAGUUUCGUGGCAGGCGUAGAUCCAAAUCCCGGACAGGUAUGGACCGUGGGGUAGGCCUGACUGCCGACCAAAAACUUGAGCUGGUACAAAAGGAGGUGGAGGACAUGAAGGAUGACUUACGACACAUGAGGGCAAAUGCGGAACGCGACCUGCAGCAUCACGAGGCGAUCAUUGAGGAGGCUGAAAUUCGAUGGAGUGAAGUUUCGAGAGCAGUGCAUGAGUUUGAAAAAGAUAUUCUAAAAGCCAUAUCCAAGAAGAAAGGGAGUAUUUUGGCCACUCAGAAAGUGAUGAAAUACAUUGAGGACAUGAACCGCCGGAGGGAUAAUAUGAAGGAGAAAUUACGUUUGAAAAAUGUUUCUCUCAAAGUUCAGAGGAAAAAAAUGCUUUUACAAUUGAGGCAGAAGGAAGAGGUGAGUGAGGCCCUUCACGAUGUUGAUUUUCAGCAGUUGAAGAUAGAGAACGCUCAAUUUCUUGAGACAAUUGAAGCAAGGAAUCAAGAACUGACCCAGCUAAAGCUGUCAUCUGGAAACACUCUGCAGGUUCUCAAUGCCUACAAAAGCAAGCUUCACAAGGCAAUGGAAAUAUACCUCAAUCUGGACAAGGAGAUCUUGCUGAGAAAAGAGCUACUUGAAAAAAUUGAAAAAGAAACACUACAAGUAGAGGAGGACCGGGCCAAAGCUGAGGCAGUGAACAAGAGGCUCCGGAAGCAGCUGGCCGAGUUCCGGGCACCACAGGUGAUGACUUACGUCCGGGAGAAGAUCUUAAAUGCGGACCUGGAGAAGAGCAUCAGGAUGUGGGAAAGGAGAGUGGAGAUAGCAGAGAUGUCCUUAAAAGGCCAUCGUAAGGCUUGGAAUCGAAUGAAAAUAACCAAUGAGCAGUUGCAGGCAGAUUACCUUGCUGGGAAGUAGCCAGAGGCAGGCCACGGCUUACAGACCACGACAUGACCUAUAAAAGUAAUCAGCUCCCUUCUAGUCACGGGCACCUCUCACUGUUCCCUGUCUGCCUGGUGUUCCCAACCCCCCACCCAGGCUGAGCAUCAUCUCCUGGGCCACAUCUGCCCAUGGGGAGUGUUUUCACAGCCUGGCCCCUGGAACUGUUACCACUGAAAGAACCACAGGGCACUCUAAUGGUUUGACACUUGUUAGCCAGCAUUUAGUUCACAAGCAUAGUGAAAGUGACCUUCCCACACCUGGGAGAGGGAUAGAGGAGGGAGAGCCAGCCCAGUGUAUGCCAUGGGCUUAUCCGUGGCAGCCCCGGUGUGCAACUAUCAAAAACAGACAUCAAAACAGCAUGGUGAAUGCCUGGCACUCAGCAUUCUGAGCUUACUCUUCAGUUUGGUGGGGUAGCUCCUAGACUAGAUACUGCUGCAA